CAGCUGCCUUACUGCACCGGGGAGCAGCAGAAACAGCGUGGUCGGCUUUGUGUUUCCCAGGAUUUCCCUUUGAAUCCGCUCCCAGACAGGCCGGAACACCGCCUCGCAUCAAUACUGGUUGUCCUGUGAUGUUUUUGAAACGGACUUGUUUCGUCUGUGUCUAACACAUAGGAAACAAACUCAAGAGGAUGAAACCUAAUAAAGGAAAGACUAUAACUAGAGAAAGAGACUAUGUGUACAAAUUCAGUGCUGGAAAUGAACAUUUUGUGCUUACAGUGCCUCUCAAAUUCCCUGUGCAAGAGAAUAUCAGUCAUUUGCAUGGACGUCUGAUGGUUCUGCACAAUCUGCCAUGCUUUAUAGAAAAUGACCUGAAGCAAUCUCUUAGUAAAUUUGUAGAAGAGGAAACCAUAAAAGAUUAUGACAGAGAAGCUGAGGUGGCUCUGGAAGCAGUGAAAUCGGGAAAAGUAGACAUCAACCAGCUGGCAGAUACCUGGGCUAAAGCUUAUAAAGAGACAACAUUAGAACAUGCCAAACCUGAAGAAACCAGCUGGGAUGAAGAUUUUGCAGAUGUUUAUCAUGAUCUGAUCCAUUCUCCAGCUUCUGAAAUGCUAUUAAACCUGGAACACAAUUAUUUUGUUAGCAUUUCAGAAUUAAUAAGUGAAAGGGACGUGGAGCUGAAAAAGCUACGUGAAAGGCAAGGAGCUGAAAUGGAUAAGGUGAUGCAGGAGCUUGGGAAGUCACUGACUGACCAGGAUGUGAAUUCCUUAGCAGCUCAGCAUUUUGAGUCUCAGCAGGAUUUGGAGAACAAAUGGACCAAUGAAUUAAAACAGACUACUGCUAUCCAGAAGCAGGAAUAUCAGGAGUGGGUGAUAAAGCUUCAUCAAGACCUAAAGAAUCCCAACAACAGCUCAGUCAGUGAUGAAAUUAAAGUUCAGCCCAGCCAGCUGAGGGAAUCUGUGGAAGGAAAUGGGAGAAUCUAUGAAGAGCAGAGGCUGUUAGAAGAAAGCUUUACUAUUCAUUUAGGAGCUCAGCUGAAGACCAUGCACAACCUGAGGCUGCUGAGAGCUGAUAUGCUGGAUUUCUGCAAACACAAGCGCAAUCAGCGCAGUGGGGUGAAGCUGCACAGGCUUCAGACUGCCAUGUCCCUCUACUCAACCUCCCUCUGUGGCCUGGUGUUACUGGUGGACAACAGGAUCAGCUCCUACAGUGGAAUCAAAAGAGAUUUCGCAACCGUUUGCCAAGAAUGCACGGAUUUCCAUUUUCCUGGAAUCCAAGAACAACUUGAAAUUGUCCAGAAGGUUGUACUUAAGGCCAGAGCACAGCGUAGCAGCAAGACAAAAAGACACCACGAAAACAAAAUCAGUGGGAAUGAAGAUAAAUUAAAGAAUAUCGAACGCAACCAGUCGAACAUUUUGCCGGGAGAGUUCUACAUCACAAGGCACUCAAACCUCUCAGAAAUCCACGUUGCCUUUCACCUGUGUGUGGAUGACAACGUCAGGUCUGUGAACGUGACCGCCCGGGACCCGGCCAUCAUGGGGCUCAGGAACAUCCUCAAGGUCUGCUGCACACACGACAUCACCACCAUCAGCAUUCCCCUCCUGCUGGUGCAUGAAAUGUCAGAAGAGAUGACCAUUCCAUGGUGCCUGAAGAGGGCAGAGCUCGUGUUCAAGUGUGUCAAAGGUUUCAUGAUGGAAAUGGCCUCGUGGGAUGGAGGAAUUUCUCGGACUGUACAAUUCCUGGUACCACAGACAAUUUCAGAGGAAAUGUUUUACCAGCUGAGUAACAUGCUGCCACAGAUCUUCAGAGUGUCCUCCACACUGACUCUGACCUCCAAGCACUGAUUUCUGUGAGGCACUAACCUGUAUCCUGUUGGCAGAGGAAGAGACUUAGGAGAUUCUGGACUUGGACGUCUCUUUCCUAUGGACUCACGACCCCAAAGUGGCAUUUGUGGCAAUUUCAAGAAUUAUGUUGUAAUAAAAGAUAAAUGUUGUCUGUUCUUGGCUGGUA